UGUCUUUUCUUUUUCUUUGGCUAUUUCAUUCACUGUAUAUGUUCUUCUUCGUAGUUUCAUUAAACCCAUUGUUCAUAAUACAAUUUAGUCAUUAUGUUAUCGUCAACUUCAAAUCCUCCAGUAAAUGAUAUUCAUCAGAAGAGUUUUCUCCAAUUAUCGUCAUUUAUCUUUGCCUCUAAAAUCAGAAAAUUUUGUGAGAAAUUGUUAUUGUGGUCCAGAAAUAAAAACAAAAACCCAGUUUGAGAGUUUUGUAAGGGAUCAAUGCAACUCUGGGAGGGUUAAAAAUCUUGAUGUUGCAACGGCUUACUUUGAUACAAUGAUUUCCAUGAACCCGUUACCAUCUACUGAUACUUUUAAUCAUCUAUUAACUUCAAUAUCCAAGCUUACAUGUUAUUCUGCUGUUUUCCCGUGGUAUAAAAAGAUGAAUACUGCCGGUAUCCGACCUGAUGUUUAUACAUUGAGUAUUCUGAUACAUUGUAGUUGUCAAUUGAAUCAAGUUGAUUGUGGAUUUUGUUUGUUUGGUGAAGUUUUGAAGAGGGGUUAUGAUCCUAAUGUAGUGACUUACACUACUUUGAUAAAGGGUCUUUGUAUGCAAGAACGCAUAGGUCCUGCACUAAAACUGUUUGACAAAAUGAUUGAGCAAGGAAUUCAACCGAAUGCUGUUACAUUUAAUACCCUUAUAUGUGGGCUUUGUAGGAAUGGGGAAGUAAGUCUUGCUCUAGAGUUGCAAGGGAUGAUGGUGAACUGCAAUUGUAGUCCUAAUGUGAUCACUUACAGUACUCUUAUUCAGGGCCUGUGUAUGCAGGAGAUGAUAGGUCCUGCAGUUGAUCUGUUUGAGAAAAUGACCGAGCAAGGUAUUCAACCUAAUGCUGUUACAUGUGGGUCUAUUAUAUGUGGGCUUUGUAGAAAUGGGGAAGUCGAUCUUGCUCUAGAGUUGCAGAGGAUGAUGAGGAAAUGGAACUGUAGUCCUAAUGUGGUCACUUAUACUUCUGUGAUUCAUGGAUUUUGCAGUACUGGCAAGUUAAAUCAAGCAAUGGAACUCUUUGUUGAGAUGUACAGUAGAGGAAUCUUACCAAACACAGUAACACUCACUGUAUUAUUAGAUUCUUUAUGUAAAGAUGGGAGAAUGAAGGAUGCUUGCCAUGUCUUUGAAUGGAUGACCAAGUUAGGAAAGGAGCCUGAUGUGGUAACGUAUAACUCGAUGAUCAAUGGUUUCUGCAAGAAUUACAGAUUGGAUGAAGCCAUUCAACUCUUCUACAAAAUGGAACAAAAUGGUAUUAAAGCCAACCAAGUUACAUAUAGUACCCUAAUUGCUGGACUAUGCCGAGUUGGAAAAGUUAGCACCGCAGGACGCUUAUUUGAUGAGAUAAAAUCUAGUGGACAGCCAUUGGGGCUAAUUGCAUAUGGUGCACUGUUGGAUGGGCUCUUCAAGAACCAUGAAUUUGGCAAAGCAAUCGAACUUUUUGAUUCCCUGGAGGAUAAUGGCUGUGAAGCUGAUAUUUGUAUGUACACUGUACUCAUUGAUGGGUUGUGCAAAUCUGGGAAACUGGAAUAUGCAAGAAAACUAUUUUGUGAACUUCGUAAUAAAGGAUUAGUGCCGAACGUGAUGACAUAUACAGUAAUGAUCAAUGGCCUAUGCAGGAAAGGGAUGUCAUUUGAGGCUGAGAAACUUAUUGCUGAAAUGGAAAGCAAUGGUUGCUUACCUAAUGCAAUCACGUAUAACACCAUCAUAUUAGGUUUUAUUCACGAACAAGAGGUCGAUAAGGCAAUUCAAUUUCUUCACGAAAUGUGUGAAAGAGAGCAUGUUCCUGACACUGCUGUAACUUCGUUGUUAAAGAACACUCUUCGGUGGAUCAACUAGAGAACCAUAGUUUUUUCGUCAAAUCAGUUGAUGAUUGAGAGUACUAGCUGCUCGGUGUUAUACAAGCUCCUAACGUUACUGGAUUGGUUAUGCCAUUGAACUUGUGGUAUACACGGUGCCUCAGGUCAAGGUGCACAUUAUGAUGAAACCUGGAGUCAUUAGGAAGAAGGCUCAAUUUUGCAGUCAUCAGUACACAAGGGAAGAAAAUGGAAAUUGAUCAUCUAGUGCAUACAAUAUUGCAGAACCAGAUGGAAUCCUUUAGUCUUCAGGUAUCAACAAAAGAAAAAUACUGAAGCUUGGGAGUCCAGGAUACCCUGACAUAAAGAAAGGAUCACUACAGAGAUAGAUCAAGUUUCAGUACUUCGAAUGUUAGAACAAAUAACGUCUAUAGAAGGUUUCAUGUAUCUAUAUUUGGCUAGUGAUAACUAACCAUUAUGUAUCAUUAACUGUUACUUAAUGCUACAGGAUUGUAGUAUUGAUAAGUGAGUGCAAGCAUGUAUGGUAAUCAGUAUGUGCAUCAUUUUUGAUGUCGUCUGACGAAGACAAAAAGGGGUUUCAGAUGUAAAGAGAAGGCAAAGAACCAUCUUAAUCGGAGAAAAGGACAUGGAAGGAGGUUUAAUUGGAGUCCAUGAAGAGAAAAGUGCUACAAUUUUUAAUUUGUUUACCAGACAUGCAACUGUCGCGACUAACAAUUAUAUGAAGCAGUUGUAAGUUUUGUUUGCACAUUUGACACUUUACCAAGCAGCUGCGACUCUUUGCAUCAGCAGAAAAUUUGCAGGCAGCGAAUUAAUCCUACAUCCCAAGCAGGAUUAAUUCGCUUGGAGAGAUGGAGAGAUGAAGGUUGGAGAUUUCCUUGCUUGUGCUGAAACUUAUGAUUUUGUGGUUUUUUAAAUAUAUAUUUUUUUUUAUUUUGAAAAGUUAAGCAGACUAGAAACAAAGAUUAGAGAUGCAUAGGAUUGUCCAAAGUGUUGGUUACCUUUAUCUCAUAAUUGUAUAAUCCUAGGAACUGAAAAGGAUAGUAAGGAUGAUGAAGU